GACUGCGCUGUGAAAGAAGAAGAUAAACUUUAUCUCUCAUUUUCAAAAGGAAUAUGAAUAUUCUGGGGUUUCUUCUCAUUUUAUGGCUAUGCAUCACCAUAGGAAUCAGGGCAGAACCUUCAGUGGACCAGUAUGGGUUGAAGGGGGAUUCAAUAUGUCUGGUUGUUGCAGAACCUCCUGAGAUGAUCAACGGACUUCAGUGGAGGAAGGACAAUGAUGUAAUAUUUGGAGACCAAGAGAUUUCUCCUAAAUACAAGGAGAAGGUGGACUAUAACAAUGAUAACCAUUCUCUGUGUAUUAAGAAUCUAAUGGAAACUGACAGUGGAAUUUACAUGGUAAACUACAGGAAACAUUGGAAACAAUCAACUACUACAUAUAGACUGUUAGUGGAGGAUCAUGUUCCCAAACCAGUCAUGGAUGUCACAUCUCUCUUCAACACAAGUGUGGGUUGCUGUGAUGUCACAGUGAACUGUUCAGUUAAAGAUGGCUGGAUGUUGUCUGUCUGUGACAGCGGUCAGUGUACACUGUCACAACAGUCUCCGUCACUAACCUGUGGUAACAUGACCAUCUCCGUAUUGACUGGAAGGAUCCAAUGCACCAGCAGCAACCACAUCAGCACACAGACCAUCUCUCAACCCUUGGAGGACUGUAGUGGUAAUGUGAAAGCCUCAGUGUUACCAGUUGGCACCAUUGUGGGUUGUGUUACUGGUACUGGUAUAUUACUCCUAGUUGCUGUGUUACUUGGUGUUGGAUACAUCAAACAUACCAGAAGACAGAAAAUCCCUAAAGAACAAAGUCCACUAGAAGAGGUCAUUGUUCCAAGAGUUUACAACUCAGUGAAGACCUCACCAGGGAGAGAAGAACCACAGCAUCUCCUUACCAGAACCACAGCCCUCUCCUGUCCAGAACCACGACACUCUCCUGACCAGAACCACACCCCUCUCCUGUCCAGAACCACACCACUCUCCUGUCCAGAACCACACCACUCUCCUGACCAGAACCACAGCACUCUCCUGACCAGAACCACAGCACUCUCCUGACCAGAACCACAGCACUCUCCUGACCAGAACCACACCACUCUCCUGUCCAGAACCACAGCACUCUCCUGACCAGAACCACACCACUCUCCUGUCCAGAACCACAUCACUCUCCAGAGAUACAGACAGUCUACUUCACUGAGAAGAACCAGCACCAGCAGAACAUCUCCAAGUUGAAACAGGAAGCGCUUCUCCAGACAUUAGACCAAAAUAACUGAAAAUAACUGCCUCUGAACUGCAUCAUCUCAUUGUGUCACUGAGUUACAUCAGUUCUUGACCUUGUACAGAAACCACGGGACAUUGCACCACCUAGUGGACAUCAAUAAUACCAGCAGAGUAAACCUCAUGGUAUUAGUUCCAUCUACCCAUCAAUGUUGUGUAUAUGAGAGGGCAGACUUGACCUCAUUAGGCCACCGUAGAUGGAUUCUUUAACACAUUUUAUCUGUCAAGCCAUCAAAGCCA